AUGGGCACUCCUCAGGGUCUGAAUGCAAGUUCCCCCAAAAUAUCAACAUCGGAUAAUGCGCAUCACACACCUGUAAUUCGUACCCACAAGUCCCCCCACCCUCCGCAGUCACAAGAUCUAUCAGUAAUACCUUCCGCGACCUCCAAAAGGUUAUUUCAAACGUACUUCGACUGCAUACAUCCAAUAUGGCCUCUCCUUUACAAGCCUUUAUUUGUUUCAUCAGACUACACCUAUCCUUCCCCGAGAAUACCAGCUGCCUUGGUUUUAGCAAUAUUCGCAAUUGCUUCAUGUGUGGACAAUGACUAUGUGGCCAACACUGAAAACACCACCCAGGAGAGUAGAAAUUGCCCCGAACCACGGGUUUUCUUCAAGGAAGCGCUCGAUACUCUUCAGCGUGGAACCGAUGAUGAUAAUGCCCAACAAUCAAUGAAUGUAUUUGUCCCAUCGAUCACCAACUGCCAAGUUCUUGUACUACUAGCACUUCAACAACAUGGUGUUGCUGAAUAUGCCCGAGCAGCAAUUCUAGGUGGAGUGGCAGCAGCAAUGGCGACUGAGUUGCGGCUUCAUCGCGCGUAUGAGCCCAACGACCUCGUAGAACGGGAGAUUCGCUCGCGGCUUUGGUGGAAUCUAUAUAUACUUGACAAAAUGAUGUCCGGAGAAAUGGGCCGACCUGUUAUCUUAAGGGCUGAGGAAACAGACACUCCGUGGCCUUCGAUAUCCGAGUCAGAUGAGUUUGAAUUGAUGUCCCAGCAAUUGCACAUUUCUGGAGCACAAGCUAGAAAUAAAUCCACAAAAAUGCUCACAAUGUCUGCUCUUCAUACAACCAUCAGCUUAUCGAUAACUAUGGAACGUAUUUAUCGGCAAAUAUAUGGUAUCGCGGCUAGAAAAGCGAUUCGCGAAGAUCAAAUUGCUGGGGAUCGUCUGAGGAUGCAAUUGUGGAUUGAAUUGCAAGACUGGGAGAAACGUGUAGAUGCAUCACCAUUGAGACUAGACCUAAGCGAUGAGUUGACUUCAGUCCCUCCAACGAUCACGAAUAGGGUGGUCAUGUUGACAGGCACAAUCAUGCUCCAUCGCCCGUUCAUUGAGCGCUGGCGACCUGAGCUAGCCUUCGCCGAACCUACAUCAAAUCCGCACGAGAUCUGUCUCGUAGCAGCUAACAGAAUCUGUGUUAUACUAGAAAGAUAUUUGGAACGUCUCCUGGGAGGACCAUGCGAUAUGGUCUUCACUAUAUUUACUGCAGCAAGUAUAUUGUUGCACUGUUCCAAGAAAGUGGAAGCAGCUGCCGCUGUCGAUGUACGUCGCCGUCUCACGCAAUGCAUUCAUUGGCUUUCUGUCCUGGGAAAGAGUUGGAAAACUGCAGGUACCCACCAUCAAUUGCUUAAUGAUUUAUUUGACUUGCCACAAGCAUUGCAAGAACCAAAGCUUGAAGAGAUACCGGUGCCUCAAACGAACGUUGCCCAGCAGUCAUUACAGCCGGGGGGAUCUUUGGCAAAUAUGUUAAAUCCGGCCACCAUCCCUUUCUCACUGGCCCAGCCCCCACCGACUUUCACGGACGACUGGUCGUUUCUUAAAGAUUUUGGGGACUCGACAGACCAGUUUUACUCCUGGGAUGUGGAACUUCGGGAUCUACUGGAUGGAGGGUUCGUAUUGGAUGGAGGACAGGACUAUGUUUGA